AGCGGGUGAGGAAAAUGAAGCUCCCAAUUUUCAUAGCAGAUGCGUUCACUGCAACAGCUUUCCGUGGCAAUCCUGCUGCUGUCUGCCUCCUCGAAAAUACAUUGGAUGAAGAUUCUCAUCAACAUAUUGCAAGGGAAAUGAACCUCUCUGAAACUGCUUUUAUCCAAAAACUGCAACCUACUGACAACUUCACACAAAGUUCCCAUUUUGGACUAAGGUGGUUUACUCCUGAGAGUGAGUUCCCACUAUGUGGCCACGCCACCCUGGCUUCUGCGGCUGUGCUGUUUCACAAAAAAAAGAACACAAACAGCACUCUAACCUUUGCCACCAUGAGUGGGGAGCUAAAGGCCAGAAGAGCAGAGGACAGGAUUGUCUUGGACUUUCCUCUCUACCCAGCCUUCCCCCAGGACUUCCAUGAAGUAGAAGACUUAAUAAAGGCAGCCAUAGGUGACACCCUGGUCCAGGAUAUUCGGUACUCUCCAGAUACCAAGAACCUCAUGGUCCGGCUCAACGACUCUUAUAACAGGUCCUUUCUAGAGAGCCUGAAGGUGAAUACAGAACCUCUGCCUCGAAUUGAAAAGACAGGGAAGGUGAAAGGACUCAUUCUCACUCUGAGAGGAGAGCCUGGGGGGCAGACACCCCAGUAUGACUUCUACUCUCGGUACUUUGCACCAUGGGUUGGUGUGGCUGAAGACCCAGUGACAGGGUCCACCCACACUGUUCUUGGCUCCUACUGGUCUGAGGAGCUGGGGAAGAAAGAAAUGCGAGCCUUUCAGUGUUCCCGCCGAGGAGGGGAACUGGACAUUUCCCUGAGACCUGAUGGACGAGUUGACAUGAAGGGUGGCGCUGCUAUUGUCUUAGAGGGCACACUGACAGUCUAGAGACACGUAUGCUGGGCUGUGGCCACUGCAAAACACAGUGUUUCCU